UAUAUAUACAUAUAGGACUGCUGUGGUUACUAACACUUGUAUGCAUGUGUUUGCAGUGUGCCAUGUUGCUUCCCCUGCUUAGGCUAAAUUGUAAUGACUGACUACUAAAUAUUUAUCCAUACAGAACUAAACUGCAUGUGUAUGAAUGAAAUUCUUUAUACUUUAAUGUAACAAACAGUCUGUUUAACUAUAUAAGGCUGAGAUAAGCAGGUGAAGUAAAAGAUGGAUAAUGUAUGCCUUUACUAACACCAGUUUUUUUUAUAUUGUCAAAAUAUAAAUGACUGACAAGAUUUUUUCUGUUGUAGUACCAUCUGCUACACUGUCCACACCAACUGAACUGACGGGUUCACAAGUAGAUGCCCCUGCUCUGCCGAUGGUAAAGAGACCUGUGCCCCUUCCUCAGGAGCUGAUGUUCCUGAUGCCAGAAACACCAGGACCCUUGCCAACAGAGACAACUGUCACUGUUCCAGUGUCAGAGGCACUUCCGAUUUCUCCUGAGACGUCUGCAGAGCCCAUUCAACCGCCGCUGCAACCGCCAAGAGCUCAAAGUCAGCCAUUACCCAGGCCAUCAGCUGUCCCCAGCUGUCCUCCUCCACAGCUUCCUGGCUAUGACCAUGAUGUCAGUCAGUGGAACUGUUCACAGCAGCAGAGGAUCUGGAUGAAGACAGAGCUGGAAUCCCUGGGUCUCUGGCCAGGCUCCAUUCCUGUGCGCAACCCCAUGAAGAUGCUGUCACUGUGGCGUCUCCCUCCCCAGCCAGAAUUAAUUGACAGCAUCUCUGAUCUUCCAUCCCCAAAGUACUUUCAGCUCCAUCCCUUUUUCAUAUGGAAGCCAGAGAAUGACAACUUGAUGGCGAGGCUGAGGAACAACGACACUCUGCCAUGUAUUGAAGGUUGUGCUCAGCCUCAAGUUACCUCUGCAGGUGUUGGUAGGCCUCGUGUGAUUGUUGGCAUCACUGGACAGUACUACCUGUUGUCAUCCAGGCUGUGCUGCAAAGUUUGCCGGAAGAGGUGGUAUGCUGACAACCCACUGUGGCUGGAAAAGCUUCCAAAGAGGUUCACAAACCUGUUGCCAGCAAUACUGACCUACAAAAAGGCCAUCUGUAAAUCGGUCAUGGACGAGCUCAGACGCACAGGUAACUCACCCACCGACAUGACAAAGCAGAUCAUGGAGAUGAUGCACCUGAAAUACGAACGUGCUCACCUGGCCUACCUCCUCAGCUGCCAAAACACCAUGGAUGGCGAGGCAGGGAGGUAUGACCAAAGAACCAUCACUCAGUUCAUAAGACAGGAAACCAAGCCAGCUCCCUUCGGGGACUACGGGGAUUCAGAUGGCUGGAACGGGAUCUCUGUGUCUGCACACUACCUGACUGACUGCCUGCUGCAUGAGUAUCAACACCAGGAAGAUGCCAUCAAAAACUUUCUGCAGGGCACCUUUGGACAGGCGUUCCGCUCAGACCACACACGGAAAGUUGCCAGAAAGGUCACCUUUUCAUCCGGGACCAUGUCAUCGUAUGCGGUCAUGAAUGAGAACUGGAUGAUCCUUUCAUGGGUGAUGGUGCAGUCUGAGACAGAGAAGUCCCUCAAGCCCCUGUACGAGGGACUAGCACACCGCUACAGCACUGCAGGCCUAGAGAAGGCACAAUACCAGUGGGUAGACAGGUACGUUAUCAUCAAUAUUUUUUUCUAUUAUUGGUGACAUGAACAGCUCAUAAUCACAACUUACAUUGCUUUUCAUAUUUCAUAUUUCCAGUUUGAUGAAAGAAAAUCCCUUUGCAUUCAUUUAGCUCAUAGGAAUAAUUAUAUUGUCAUGAGUGAAUACACUGGACUGCACAUAGUGAUUGAUAUGACUGCUUUAACAUUCAUGGCUAUA